UCCGACACCUUCUUUUUAUAACUCAGCUCUGUCCCCUCCACUCGACCUGUCAAAACCACGCCUAUGGAGCAACACAAUUGGUCCGAAAGCGUCAAAUAGCCAAUCAACAGGGCUCUGGUCCUUGCAACACACAACACAUCCAUAGAAUCCGGAGUCCAGAGCGCACACAAGCGCAGGGAAAAUCUUAGUGUUGAGGUUUCGCCUUCUCUCUCUCCUUUCACUGGAGACUGACUCUCUCUUCUUUAUUCGUGUGCAGGGAAAGAUACGAAUUGUUCUACAUAAGCGACGCAUCUCAAAAGAUCUACUGCUGCAAACAUUUUGCUGCAAGAGAUAAAAAAAGCAUACCCUUUUUCUAAGGAAAAAAUGCCGAACUAAAGUCCUCUGACUUCCCUGCACGCACAUUCUUGACAUAUAUAUUGGCCAUGCGACAAGACAAAAAGUAACCGUAUUUAACUUAGAGAAAAACGGACGCUUUCAUUGCACAACGCCGAAGAGAGAACGGGAUCACAUUUCUCAUUUUGAUUUUCUGAUUUUUUGGAUAAACAAAUAUAAAUAAUAAUAAAAAAAAGAUUCCUUACCUUGCCAGCUGAUAGUCUUACUGGGAUAAGUCUUGGGUUUGACACUUGCAAGACUUAAAACUUUUUUUCCUUGGUGAAAGAAAAUGUGCUGCUAAAGGAGGCAUUGAUCGAAUAAAACCACACACAAAAUAAGCAACAUCUGGAGCUUCGUUGGUGGAGUGGAUGAAUUUACCGAUGAUAGAUCCAGUUUUUCCAGGAACGAGUAUGGCAUAUCAUCCAUUUUUAUCUCACCGGGCGCCGGACUUUGCAAUGAGUGCUAUGCUGGGGCACCAGCAUUCCUUUUUCCCGGCCCUUGCGUUGCCCCCGAACGGUGCUGCGGCGCUCUCCCUCCCGGGAGCCCUGGGCAAGCCCAUUAUGGAUCAGCUGGUUGGCGUUGCGGAGACCGGCCUGCACUUCUCUUCUCUGGGUCACCAGGCUGCUGCCGCCCAUCUCAGGCCUCUGAAAACCCUGGAGCCAGAAGAAGAGGUUGAAGAUGACCCCAAAGUCCACCUGGAAUCUAAGGAGCUUUGGGAGCAGUUUCACAAGCGCGGUACUGAAAUGGUUAUCACAAAAUCAGGAAGGCGAAUGUUCCCUCCGUUUAAAGUGAGGUGCACUGGUUUGGAUAAAAAAGCCAAGUAUAUUUUGUUGAUGGAUAUCGUUGCGGCCGACGACUGCAGGUACAAAUUCCACAACUCUCGCUGGAUGGUAGCCGGCAAGGCUGAUCCUGAAAUGCCCAAGCGAAUGUACAUUCACCCGGACAGCCCGGCCACUGGAGAGCAAUGGAUGUCCAAGGUUGUCAAUUUUCACAAACUUAAACUGACAAACAACAUCUCCGAUAAACAUGGAUUUACGAUUCUGAACUCCAUGCACAAAUACCAGCCCAGGUUUCACGUCGUGAGGGCCAACGAUAUUUUAAAGCUUCCGUACAGUACUUUUCGGACUUAUGUAUUCCCAGAAACCGACUUCAUCGCCGUGACUGCAUACCAGAACGAUAAGAUAACUCAAUUAAAAAUUGACCACAAUCCCUUUGCCAAGGGUUUUCGUGACACGGGCAACGGCAGAAGGGAGAAGAGGAAACAGUUGGCCUUGCAGUCCAUGAGAUCCUAUGAGGAGCACCAGAAAAAAGACAAUGUGACAUCGGACGAGUCCUCCAGCGAGCAAGCGACCUUCAAAUGCUUUGGUCAGGCCUUGUCCCCGGCUGUGUCGACUCUGAAAGACCUCUGUCCCAGUGAUUUAGACAGUGACAACGAAAGCAAAGAUGGGCACCAACCGGAGAGAAAGGACUCCAGUAAGAUCUCCACUACAACUAAUGAGGACUCGAGGGAUGAGAAAGAGAGCCCGUCCAAAAAACACUUAUUUACCGCUAAUGACCCUGUGAGCAGGGGUCGAGAGGAGCCCCUGAGGAGUGAACGGAGCCCCGCAGACUCCAGACAGAGCCCCGCCACCAUCACCUCGAGCACGACAGGGAUGCCGGGCAGGCAGGACAUUAAAAGCCCUAUCCUUGACCCUCCUAAAGUGGACGAGUGCAGGCCACCGAACAAGGAAACGUACGUGCCCUUGACGGUUCAAACAGACAGCAGUGCUCACUUGAACCAGGGACACAUGCAUCAUUUUGGAUUUCCACCUGGUUUGGCUGGACAACAGUUUUUUAACCCUCUGAGUGCUACGCACCCGUUUCUCUUGCACCCAAGUCAGUUUAACAUGGGCGGCGCAUUUUCUAACAUGGCUGCUGCGGGCAUGGGCCCCUUGUUGGCAGCUGUUUCGUCAGCGGGUGUUAGCACAAUGGAGACCGCUAGCAUCGCCUCCUCAGCCCAAGGACUGACUGCCACCUCUUCACUCCCCUUCCACUUACAGCAGCACGUACUGGCUUCACAGGGUCUGGCAAUGUCACCAUUCGGGAGCCUUUUCCCUUAUCCGUACACCUACAUGGCAGCAGCUGCAGCUGCCUCGGCCUCUUCAGCAGCGUCGUCCUCUGUGCAUCGCCACCCUUUUCUGAACGCAGUGCGCCCCCGUCUCCGGUACAGCCCUUACUCCAUCCCCAUGGGUCUGCCGGACAGCAGCACCCUCCUUACCACGGCACUACACACUAUGGCCAACAGCGCAGGAGAGCCCAAGCCGAGCAACAUGGCAACCAGUCCGGUCUCUGCAGCUAUGGACUCGGCCUCCGAGGUCAACAGCAGGUCCUCCACUAUAUCUUUAGGAUCGGUCUCCCUUUCUCCAAAAAUGUGCUCAGAAAAGGAGUCGACCAACGAACUGCAAAACAUCCAACGCUUGGUCAGCGGACUUGACUCUAAACAGGACAGAUCAAGAAGCGGGUCUCCGUAGGGAGGG